AUGGAGAAUAAUUUCUUGUGGUGGUUUAUAAUUUUCUUUUUAAAUUCUUCUAUUCAAUCACGUAUUUUAUCGAAUCUAAAUGAAUCAACGAAUAAAAAACAAACGUCGACGAACUCGACCAACAACAAUAUCAUACAAUAUCAGUCGAUUUUUUCAACUAAUUUGGCAACGAUUACAACAACAAUUUCUUCGAACAACAACAACAUUCAAUCACUUAUAACAAAACCGAAUUCGUAUCUUUAUAAUCCUGAUGAAGACGAAACUUUAUUAGAACGUAUUAAACGUGAAGCAGCACCAUUUGUUUGUAAAACCGAUGGUUAUUUUCCUGAUCGACAUAAUUGUCAAAUGUAUCACAUAUGUACAUCAGGUGUUGAUACAGUAGCUAUUUGUGCUGCAGGUACUUCAUGGGAUCCAACAAAGAAAAAUUGUGCAUGGGAAAAUACAGUUGAAUGUCGAAAAGGAUUGAGAAAAUGGGAUAAAAUAACAGAUAUUCGAGGAGUAACUCUAUUUGCAACUGAUCCAAGUCUUGCUUGGCGUUCGACAAAAUUAGCAACAACACGACAACCUAUUAAAGUUGACUCGAAUUUUACCUGUGAAUAUGAUGCUGAAGGAUAUUUUCCAGAUCCAAAAUAUUGUCAUAUAUAUCAUUUUUGUGCUAUUGGUUCACAUCAAGUACUACAAUGUCUUAAUAAUCUCUGGUAUUCAACAGAAACACAAGGAUGUGAUUGGCCAGAUAAAUCAGAUUGUAAAGCUGGUAAUUUACAUACAUCAUCAAAAGCAUCAACACUUAUGAUUGAUGGUGAUGGAAAUCCUGUUACAACUCCAAGAAAUUUUCGAACAAACGUUUAUCCACAAAUUGAAUGUCCACCAGGAAUACAAAAACAUUUUGCAGAUCCAUAUGAUUGUUCUGCUUAUCAUUAUUGCAAUGGUGGUGUCGACAAACCAUCGUUUUGUGAUGCUGGUCUCUUCUACGAUAAGAAACAUGGUUGUCAAUGGCCAAAAGAUGUUCCUCAUUGUCAACAUAAAUGUCCACCUAAUGGUCAACGUUUACGUUUUGUUGCUACUCAUAGUUGUUGUCAUUAUUAUGAAUGUAUUAAUGGUCAUUUAAAAGAACAAGUAUGUCCAUUACAUAAACUUUAUUCAGUUGAAACCAAAAGUUGUGAAAAUUUUCAAGUUGUUAAUUGUGGUUCACGUGAAAAUUGUAUCGAUCCUUGUGAUUAUGAUAAUUCUCCAUUAUGUGAAUUUAAACCUGUUUGUCGAGGUAAACCAAAUGGUAAUUAUGUUGAUCAAUAUCGACCUAAUUGUCAAUUUCAUUAUACAUGUUUGGAAAGUCGAACAUUUAAUUAUACAGCAUGUGAAUAUGGUCAUAGAUUUUCCGUUCAACAUCAAAAAUGUUUACCUGCUAAACAAAUUCUUUAUCGUAAUAAUCAAUGUGCAUACAUUCGUCAUAAUAAUAAUUCAUUUGAAAAACAAAAUAAUCAAUCGUAUAACUCAUUUCAAAUUGAUACACGUUUAAAAUUACAUCAUUUUACUAUUCUUGGUACCCAUAAUAGUUAUCAUAAGGAAAGUCAUUUUUAUAAAUAUGAACAUUCAAAUCUUGAUGAACAAUUAUCAUAUGGUAUACGACAAAUUGAAUUAGAUAUUCAUUUAAUGUCAAAAUAUGAUGUUGUUUAUCAUUUACAAAUAUUUGAUGAUAAAACAAAUUGUUAUUGUUUAAGGCAUUGUUUAGAAAAAAUAUUUUAUUGGAGUCAAAUAAAUUCAUAUCAUUAUCCAAUUUAUUUAUUUAUUGAAAUAAAACAAAUGUUUUAUGAAGAUUUAUUUACUGCGUUAAAUGGUGGCAUUAAAUGUAAACAUUUUCAGAUGAUUAAAGAACAAAUUUUAGAAAUUUUUUCAAUUGAUUCAUUAAUUUUACCUAAACAUAUACAAGGAAAUGAAAGUUCAAUUCGUUUGGCUUUAAAUAAACAACGACAAAAUGAAUUAAAUAAUAAUUUUUUAUAUGAAAAUUAUGGUUGGCCACCAUUAUAUAUUUCAUUAGGAAAACUAAUGCCUAUUUUUAUUGAUGAUGUACAUAAUAUUGCCAAAAAAUUAAUUCAUACCUGUGAAUCACUUUCAAAUUUUUUCUUUAUUGCUCAAACAAAUGUCGACGUAGAUUAUGCAUCAAUUAUCCGUGUUUCUAAUCUUUUAGAAAAUCAGCAUUUAAUAAUAGAUAAUAAAAAUAAUGGACAAAUGACACGUAUUUUACUUGGUUAUAAUGGUAAACAAUUAAUGGAAAACUAUAAUCAAGCAAAAAAAUAUGGUAUUAAUAUAAUAAGUACAGAUUCAGUGCAAUGUAAUAAUACAGAAUUAUGUCGAAGUUUAAUGAUUGAUUUUCAAGGAACUUCAUCAGUUUUAUGUAAUACUAUUCUAGCACCUAAUUUUUGUAAUACAUCAAUGUUAAUCCUGUGA